AUGAAUAGAAUAGGGGACGACGAGGAGCCAGGGCCCCACCCGCGGGUGGCAAGCCCGCGUUCCUCUAGGCCAGAACAGACGCACAGGGCUGAGAUAGAACUCGCGAGCAGGACCACCCAGGGCGCACGACAGCGACACCCCACCCCACCGGCCCCCACGCCUGAAGACUUAUGCACUGCGAUGAUUCAAGAAAAGCUCGAACAACUCCGCCGCGACCGCGACGCACGAGCAACCGAACUCGCAAAACGGCGGGACCAAGACGGCCCAACCACCAGUGACAACUCAUCUUCUGACGACUGCCGAACGAAGACUCAAAUUCCGACUGAACAACACCAUGCCAUGGACCAUCAUGAAGAAUCCAGCGACUCUGACGCACCAUUCCAGGAAGUCAGACGCCGCCGGAAAGGCACUAAACGCAGGAAAGCUGAAGAAAACACCCGCAUGCAAACAGAAUCGCGAGCUGUACCCACCACCAACUACUACGCACCACUACAGAAACAGGACGAACCAACGGCAGACCAACACCAGCUCCAGCCCAACGACACAACUUCUCAGCACACUCCAGCUCCACCGCCGCCGAAACCGAGAAUACCACCAGACCGACAUAGAGCAGGCGAGAUAGUGCGGACUAGCCGCACUUGUAGGAUGAAUAGAAUAGGGGACGACGAGGAGCCAGGGCCCCACCCGCGGGUGGCAAGCCCGCGUUCCUCUAGGCCAGAACAGACGCACAGGGCUGAGAUAGAACUCGCGAGCAGGACCACCCAGGGCGCACGACAGCGACACCCCACCCCACCGGCCCCCACGCCUGAAGACUUAUGCACUGCGAUGAUUCAAGAAAAGCUCGAACAACUCCGCCGCGACCGCGACGCACGAGCAACCGAACUCGCAAAACGGCGGGACCAAGACGGCCCAACCACCAGUGACAACUCAUCUUCUGACGACUGCCGAACGAAGACUCAAAUUCCGACUGAACAACACCAUGCCAUGGACCAUCAUGAAGAAUCCAGCGACUCUGACGCACCAUUCCAGGAAGUCAGACGCCGCCGGAAAGGCACUAAACGCAGGAAAGCUGAAGAAAACACCCGCAUGCAAACAGAAUCGCGAGCUGUACCCACCACCAACUACUACGCACCACUACAGAAACAGGACGAACCAACGGCAGACCAACACCAGCUCCAGCCCAACGACACAACUUCUCAGCACACUCCAGCUCCACCGCCGCCGAAACCGAGAAUACCACCA